CAAUCACUGUUGAUAACCCUCGGAUGAUUAGCAUGAAUCAUCUCACACUAAAUACCUAGGCUCUUUCUCCGUUCGUGACCAGGUGUUCAGAGCAGAGGCAGGAGCAGGCGCAUACAGUAUGGUGCCACGCCUGCUGAAGACUGGCAUCCGGAUGAUGGGAAAAACAUUGAGCUGUGGGCGUAUGGUGUGUUUAACCUUCGUGGUAACGCUCGUGUUCGCUGGACACUACAUCGCCGGCCGGUUCACCUUCAACAACGCCUUCAGAUCCGCGCCUCCUGAUUGGCUGACUCGCGAGCCCGACAGCUGCCGGCCGAGCACCAACAUCGCCUUCCUCAAGACUCACAAAUGCGCCUCGUCCGCGGUGCAGAACAUCCUCUUCCGCUAUGGCUACACCCACGGCCUGCACUUCGCCCUCCCUGAGACAGGCAACUACAUUGGAGGGAAAGUGACCUUCAAUGCGGACAUGGUGCGCAACACGCCCUGGUACAAACUCGGGGUCAACAUCUUCGCCAUACACACCAAGUGGGACUACGAGCAGGUUAAAAGCGUGAUGCCCAAUGACACAGUAUACCUCUCCAUCGUCAGAGAACCCAGUGAACAGUUCGAAUCGCUUUUCACCUACACUGACUUCGAGAAGUUUUACAAGAAAUCACUGGAGGAAUUCGUACAGUCGGAAGAUGUAGAUGGCGACAGAUUUUCAAAAUAUCUGGGGUAUAAUCAAAUGGCCUGGGAUUUCGGUCUACCGAGGGAGGCCAUGAAGGACCUCGACGCAGUGCAACGAAUGGUGGAUAAGGCCGACGAGCAGUUCGGGUUGGUGAUGGUUACGGAGAGGAUGGACGAGUCACUGGUGUUGCUCAGUCACUUCCUCUGCUGGGAUUUGAGCGACGUUGUUGUGCUCAAAGUCAACGCUAGGAGUUCAACGUUCAAGACAAGCCUGAGCGCCGAGACACAAGCAACGCUCAAAAGAAAGCUUGCGCCAGACUACCUUCUGUACGAGCACUUCCUCAGGAAGUUCGACCGGCUGGUGGAGCUCUUCGGCAGAGAGAGGAUGGAUAGGGAGGUUGCCAAGUUAAGGAACCACAUGGAGGAGCUUUUGCUGGAAUGUAAUUUCCUGAAGAAGAAAUCUGCCGACAUGAUGAAUGGGCCUAAUAAACCGUGGUCUGUA